AUGCCACGGUCCUCAAGGAGCCCCAGGGACCCAUGUGACCCACCUGAAGAUGUGGCCCACCCCCACAGGGAUCCCAGGCCCAGGAGGGUCACCCAACGAAGCCGGAUCCCCAGCAGGACAGAGGAGUCCUCAACAAAUAUGAAUGAUGCCUUCCUGCUGCCACUCCGUCUCACUGCCCCAUCCCCAGGCCUGACUCAGUUCACACUGGGAUGUAUAUCCUGGAUGACCUGCCUGGCUUGCUUCCUGAGGACUCAAGUCCACCAAGUUCUAUUCAACACCUUCAGGUGCAAGCUGCUCUUCCAGAAGCUCAUGGAAAAGACAGGUGUCCUGGUCCUCUUUCUUUUUGGAUUCUGGAUGUUUAUUGUGCACUUACCAUCCAAAGUGGAAGUCUGGCAGGAUGACAGCAUAAAUAGUCCACUGAAGAGCUUGAGGAUGUACCAGGAGAAGGUGCGACAUCAUACUGGGGAAAUCCAGGUUCUCCGCGGUAGCAUAAACCAGCUCAUUGCCAAGCUCCAGGAGAUGGAAGCCAUGUCAGAUGAGCAAAAAAUGGCCCAGAAAAUAAUGAAGAUGAUUCAAGGAGAUUACACUGAAAAGCCGGACUUUGCCCUGAAGUCUAUAGGGGCCUCCAUUGACUUUGGGCAAACGUCGGCCACAUACAACCACGACAAGGCUCGCUCCUACUGGAACUGGAUCCGGCUGUGGAACUACGCGCAGCCCCCGGACGUGAUCCUCGAGCCCAACGUGACACCUGGCAACUGCUGGGCCUUCUCGGGUGAACGUGGCCAGGUGACCAUCCGACUGGCCCAGAAGGUCUAUCUGUCCAACCUGACCCUGCAGCACAUCCCCAAGACCAUCUCACUGUCGGGCAGCCUGGACACAGCCCCCAAGGACUUUGUCAUCUAUGGCAUGGAAGGCGCCUCCAAGGAGGAGGUGUUCCUGGGGGCGUUUCAGUUUCAGCCGGAAAACAUCAUUCAGACGUUCCAGCUCCAGAACCAGCCCACCCGGACUUUUGGGGCAGUCAAGGUGAAGAUAUCGAGCAACUGGGGGAACCCACGCUUCACCUGCCUGUACCGGGUGCGUGUGCAUGGCUCCGUGACCCCACCCAGAGAGCAGCCUAGCUGA